GCGGCAAGGGGCAGGCUCUCCGGAGAAACCCUGCCUGCCUUCUUCCUUCCUCCUUCCUGCAGCUCCACCAAACUAGAGCAAAGCCGAAGAGGAGGAGAAAGAAGACUAGAGAAGAACAACAGGUAGCCGGAAGCACCUUCAUCCUGCCGGACGAUAUGGCCACCUUGACCCAAGAGCUGGGCACUGCUUUCUUCCAACGGCAGCAGUUGCCGGCUUCUAUGGCUGACACCUUUUUGGAGCAUCUAUGCCUGCUGGACAUCGACUCGGAGCCCAUCGCCGCACGGACCACGGGCAUCGUCUGCACCAUUGGUCCUGCUUCCCGCUCUGUGGAAAUGCUGCGUGAGAUGAUCAAGGCUGGGAUGAACAUUGCGCGGCUGAACUUCUCCCACGGCUCUCACGAGUACCAUGCAGGCUCCAUUGUGAAUAUCCGAGAAGCCACUGAAAGCUUUGCCUCCAACCCACUCUUCUAUAGACCGAUCGCCAUUGCGCUGGACACCAAAGGCCCCGAGAUCCGCACCGGCUUAGUCAAAGGGGGCGAGAAUAAAGAAGUGGAACUGAUAAAAGGAUCACAGCUGAUUGUUACUACCGACCCAGCGUUCAAGGAACUGUGUGAUCAGAAGACGAUCUGGAUGGAUUAUGCCAACUUGCCCAAAGUGGUCAAGGUGGGCGGGCGGAUCUUCAUUGACGACGGACUCAUCUCCUUACUCGUCAAGGAAAUCCGUGCAGAUAGCGUUGUGGUGGAAGUGGAGAAUGGUGGGAUGCUGUGCAGCCGCAAAGGAGUCAACCUCCCGGGAGCCGAGGUGGAUCUCCCAGCUGUGUCAAAGCGGGACAUCCAGGACCUUCAGUUUGGUCUGGAGCAAGGGGUGGACAUCGUCUUUGCCUCCUUCAUCCGCAAGGCCAGCGACGUGGAAGCCAUCCGACAGGUGCUGGGAGAACGUGGCCAGAACAUCAAGAUCAUCAGCAAGAUCGAGAACCACGAGGGUGUCAAAAAGUUUGAUGAGAUCCUUGAGGCUAGCGAUGGCAUCAUGGUGGCUCGUGGAGACCUGGGCAUUGAGAUCCCAGCUGAAAAGGUCUUCCUGGCUCAAAAGAUGAUGAUCGGCCGCUGUAACCGUGCUGGCAAGCCAGUUAUCUGUGCCACCCAGAUGCUGGAGAGCAUGGUGAAGAAACCGCGUCCCACAAGAGCAGAGAGCAGCGACGUGGCCAACGCAGUCUUGGACGGUGCUGACUGUAUCAUGCUGUCUGGGGAGACCGCCAAGGGGGUUUAUCCGGUGGAGGCAGUGCGGAUGCAACAUGCGAUCGCCCGAGAGGCCGAGGCAGCCAUGUAUCACCAGCAGCUCUUCCAAGAGUUGCGUCGCCUGACCCCACUGAGCCAGGACCCUACGGAGGUGACAGCUAUUGGGGCCGUGGAGGCCUCAUUCAAGUGCUGUGCGGCUGCCAUUAUCGUCCUCACAACCUCUGGCAGGUCCGCCCGGCUGCUCUCCCGGUACCGGCCGCGGGCCCUCAUCAUUGCCGUGACCCGCAACGAGCAGGUGGCCCGCCAAGCCCACCUCAGCCGUGGCAUCUUCCCCGUCCUGUGGCGAGGGGCCAAGCAGGAGGUCUGGGCGGACGACGUGGACCGUCGGGUACAGUUUGGCAUUGAGAUCGGCCGGAUGCGCGGCUUCCUCCGCUCCGAGGAAGUGGUCAUUGUGGUGACCGGAUGGCGGCCAGGGGCCGGCUAUACCAACAUCAUGAGAGUCCAGCAAGUUCCAUGAACAAAGCGGGAGAGGAUCUCUUGCGGCCAGAAGCAUCCUUUUGUAGAAUCUCAGUGCUUAGAAUCAGAGACUUACUUUGUAAGGCCUUAGGGCAGGUAUGGGCACAGUUGGAUCCUGCAGGUGUUUUGGACUUGAACUCCCAUCAU